GCUGGGGGCUGUCGGUGAACUCUCCCACACAAAGGAGAGGAAACAUAACAAAGCCAGGAAGCCUAACAUUAACCCGGGAGUCAUUGCAUGAAGAGUAGUCCACUUACAGAGAACCAGCAUGCAUUGACUUGCUUUGGCCUUUGAAAAGCCGGUUUGCAGGUCUCGGGACACCGCGCUGUCCUGCUGUCCAGCGGAGAGGAAAACAGCACCUUUGUGAUGCUGAGUCACCCGUGAACUGUGCAGAAUCGUGAUGAACGGAAGUCGGUGCGGCGCGGCGGACUGUCCGGUGGGCGGUGUCUUCUCGGUGGAGGGGCUGCCGCCGCUCCCUAAAGGCCUGAGCGGCAUUCUGAACUCCAGCGGCGGGUCGUGGCGGGACAUCGAGAAGGUCCACAGCAAGAGGGCGCGCAUCCAGGCCGACAUCAGCCGGGGCGGCGGAGACGCGCCGCGCGGUCAGAGCAAACCAGGCGGACUGGACGCUGCUCUGGCUCUGCUGCGGAAAGAGAUGGUCGGUCUGCGUCAGCUGGACAUGUCUCUGCUGUGCCAGCUGUGGUCCCUCUAUGAGGCCAUCCAGGAGUACAAGGGCUCCUCGCUUGUGUCUGAGGCCUCCUUCAGUGCUGAUAAUGGAUACUCUGAAGGGGAGGAGGAGGAAGAGGAUGAGGCAGAGGAGGAAGACGAGGAGGAGACAGGAAGUGUCACACAGCCUCUCUCUUCCUCUUCGUCCGUGUCUCUGCCACCACCGAGCAGCAACUCCAGGGACCAGUGGAUCAAGGACUCCUUUCAAAUUCCCUGAUGAAGACUCACGCAACAUGUGCUGUGGCUUAUGUCUCUUAGUGCCCCUUUGGGCCCCAUUUACACCAUAUGCCAUACAUCUCUUGUCCAGAUAACGUGUGCAGUAUGUAUUCUUAUCCACGUUCUUUUGACACGGUUGUCAACAAAGGCUGACUGACAUUCCAGUGAUGCUCCUGGAAGUGUUUGAGAAGACACGUGGCCUUUACAGAUGUGUCAGUUUACACUUGCAAGAUUUUGCUUCACUGCAUCCUUAAUACCAGGUUUGUUAUUCAGCUUCAGUGCUCAAGAUGUUCAAGAAGCUUAAAGUGUCUCAUGGGACACCCUGACAUCUGUCCACAGGGGUGUAAAAGGUCUACGUCUACUUUUUAAUCUCUGUUGUUCCACUUGUUUCCUCCACACACACACUUCAGGACUGGACAGUCAUGAAAAGUCCAGAGUGCAUUUUCUAAUUUUGUAUCAGUGUUUUCAAUCACCAUAACAUUUAGAUGUGUGCACGGCAUAAAAGACUGAAAUGUUUUCUAGACAGACAAAUGGAUCAGUAAAUUCCUUUUUUAUUUCUAUAUCAUAAAAUAAAACGGCAGUGUUUACCACA